AUGGCGAAAGUAGCAGAAGAGAACAACGCUAGGGAGAACCAUGAUAGAAGGGAUGCAAAGAGAAGAUGGGAAGGAUCGAACAAGUCUGACAAGAAGCCAAAAUGGACUCCGACUUUGGCAAAAAUACGAAGCGAGGGAUUCUCUAUUCCUCAAUGUAACAAAUGCAACAAGAGGCAUAAGGGAGAGUGCAGAGCAGGGAGCCUGACGUGCUAUAGAUGUGACAAACCGGGGCACACCGCACGAGAAUGCCUGGAAGGAAGGACUUGUUACGAAUGUGGGGCUACGGGACAUUUGCGUCCUGACUGUCCAAAACGUCGCAAUGGUGCGACACCCCACGAGAAGACAGUGAACAACGGAUUCGGGAAGAGAGCGGAAAACAAAAAGGAACUGCCUAAGGGACACGGUCGAGCUUACAACAUGACUUUGGAAGAGGCAAAAGAAACACCCGACGUCGUAUCUGGUAUGUUCCCUAUCAACAAUGUGUCUGCACAUGUGUUAUUUGAUUUGGGUGCAAAUGGUAGUUUUGUGUCUACCACUUUCUGCCACUAUCUGAAUAGUAGUGCCCGUAAGCUAGACAAAACCUACACUGUAGAAACAGCCGACGGUAGUCAGCGUAAGGUAGAAGAAGUGUUCGAUGAAUGCACAAUUGUUAUAGACGGGAAGGAAUUCCCCGUUAGGCUUAUGCCGAUGUGUUUAGGAGGUUUUGACGUAGUCUUGGGGAUGGAUUGGCUAUCCAACAAUCAUGCGCAAAUAGUGUGUAAUAAGAAUAUGAUCAAGAUUCAGACUCCGGAAGGAGAAACAAUUCAUGUUUACGGUGAUCGAAAGAAGUGUUGCGUAGGGUUGAUCAAUGCAAUUAAGGCAAAUAGGUGUCUACGGAGGGUAUGUGAGGCUUACUUGGCAUACUCCAUCGAUGCCAAGCUCGAAAAGAAGACAUUACAAGAUGUUCCAGUGGUAAGGGACUACCCAGAAGUAUUCCCGGAURAAUUGCCAGGAAUACCACCGGAACGUCAGGUAGAGUUCCGAAUCGAUUUGGUACCAGGUGCGCUACCGAUCACAAGGGCACCUUAUCGGUUAGCCCCAACAGAAAUGCAAGAGCUGAUGAAGCAAUUGUAG